AUGAGUUUCUCGUUAAUGGAGCUCUCCGUAAAUCGCCGUGCAGUCGUUAUUUCCGCUUUCAUCUUACUCUUUGGUUUUCUAUUUGGAAUUUUGUUAAACGCCAAUGCACAUAUUCCUCAGCCUUGGAAUCGCAUUUCCAGCAUCAUCGGAUGGAUUUACUUUUUUUGUUGGAGUGUGAGCUUUUAUCCACAAGUUUUUUUGAACCGUCAGCGCUAUAGUGUCGUGGGUUUGUCACUAGACUAUACAGUACUCAAUAUGCUUGGCUUUUCGUGUUACUCUCUGUUUAAUGCAGCCUUUUACUUUAGCGAGAGUGUGCAACAGCAGUACAUGCGGCGCCAUGAUGGUCACCGCAAUGCGGUGGAACUUAACGACGUCUUCUUCUCGUUGCAUGCUAUGUUAUUGGUAGCAGUCUCGCUUUUUCAAUGCUUUAUUUACCCGCGAGGCGGACAGACUGUGAGUAAGCCAACGAUUUUUUGGACUGGUGGAACAUGUGUGGCUGCUGUUGUCUUCGGUCUGGCAGUUUUAUUAACGGGCAAUAAGGAAGACUCAGUCAUCAACACACUCAACUUGUUAUAUUUACUAAGCUAUGUCAAGCUCAUGACGACAUUGGUCAAGUGUUUGCCUCAAAUUGUGCUGAAUUAUCAGCGUAAAUCAACGGUGGGGUGGACUAUCUGGAAUGUAUUGCUAGACAUUGCUGGUGGUUUGUUGUCGAUUGGACAACAGGUUUUGGAUGCAAAGGCAACGAAUGACUGGACAGCCAUGACGGGGGAUCCAGUUAAAUUCUCGCUGGGCUUUGUGAGCAUUAUUGUCGACGUCGUCUUCAUCUUGCAACAUUAUGUGUUUUACGCUGAGAACAAUCAUUUCAUUCUUCAUGGAGGAGAGACAAAAGCUUUUUUGCCCAAGUAA